GAUGAAGACGCUGUUAAAAACCCACGUACGAUAGGGUCAAUGACACGACACACCUAAUGUCACAUACACGUCUGGCGGCACCCAAAACGGGCGGACGCGACACGUACACACACUCACGCACACACGCGCACAUGUCAGCAAAUCGCUUGAGAAGGGCAAAGAGAAAGGAAGAGAGGACCGGAGAGUAGUGUAGCACACAUACAGGCAUGCAGGCAAUGCAAUGCAGGCAAGUAGGUAUGGGAUGGCAAACUCUUAUGCCACCCGUCCGUCCAUUCAGGAUGCUUUGUACAAAGUCAGGCUCUCCACCUGAUGGAUGGAUGGAUGGAUGGAUGCAGUCACGUAGUCACGACGGCCGGCCGCGCUCCUGUCUAUCUCUCUUCCCUGUUCCUCUUCACAAAUGCACCCACCCACCGGCCACUCACUGCCAUGCGCAUGAUUGCUUGGUUCGUCCAUCUCAUCCCCGCUGCCCCCCCUGUAGGAAGCCGAAGAUGCCGCCCUUUCUCCCCCCUCUGUCCAGCUGCCCAGCACCCCUCUGUCGCUUGCUGUCGUCCUCCGGUCCGCCCACGAGCAGGUCGUCGACCCGCCCUAGGCCGCCCAGCCCCAUGCCACCCAGGCCGCCCAGCACCAUGUCGGAGUCGGUCUCGCCCUUGAGCUUCGUCUUGACUUUCUCAACCUCAUCCUUGACCUGCACACCAGACAUCACACACGGGGGGACACAACACACGCAAUGUACUGACGCGGCGUGUGGGUGUGAGUGUGUUCGGUUCUGUACGUUUUUCUCUUCUGCGAGGAAUUUCUGUCGCUCCUUGCUGUCGUCGGUGAGUCGGUCGUUGAGGCUCUUGAGGACCUGCUCAGUGGCCUUGCCCCACUUGCCCAGUAUGUCGAUCAUGUCGUCCAGGUCUUGCGGCAGACGCACAUCGCGACUCGCCACACCACUCACAGCAAAGCACUGCUUCUCCUGGACAAUCACACACGCACACACACACACCCCACCACACACACACGCCCUUAAAUAAUGUGUAUCCGUCGUCGUGUGUGUGGUAAAAUGUCGCCUCCCUCCCUCCACCCCCGGCCAUGGACGUACCUGGUCCAUUUUGCCCUCGACGAGUUCGGCAUAGAUGGUCUCGAUGAUGAUGUUCUCCAGCUGGCGUGUGUUGCCGGGCUCCAGGUCCAGCGCAGUCGCCAGCGCAUCGAAGGUCAGCAGGGUCGAGUUGGAGGCCAUGGACGUCACCGUCAGCAUCCGCAGCUUGCGGUACAUGGCGGGGGACAAAUCGGCCGCCGGGAAGAGCUCACGGCGGGCCUUGUACUCCUCCAGGGUGCCGUAGGCGAAGAGCUUGAGGAGCGCCACCUGCUUGUGCGCCUCAGGAGACGACUUCUCGUACUCCUUGAUCGACGGCAGCUCCAGCAACUCACCGAACGUGAAGACGCCGGGGUGCUCCAGCACCUGUGUAAUGAGCGCCUCCUGCACACGGACAGAACGCACGUCAGACGCAGUCACAUGCGCGUGUUUGUCGACGCAUCUCUGCGUCUGGGUCGGGUGUGCAGGUUUGUUGGCGUGGUUCUGCGUGUGUGUGUUUCCUCGCCCUCACCAGCGCUUUGCCCUUGACGGUCUUGCCCAGCAGGAUGAACUGCUCCACCGCGGAUGUGUCGAGCGAAUCCAUCGCACGUCACGGAAACGAACAAAGCGCUGAUAGAUGCGAACAGGAGAGAUGAUGGCGAGCAACAAAUCAAGGCACUUCGGUUCGGCGGAGUUGCG